AUAUAUACUUGACAUGUUAAGAUAAGCUAAUGUGACCCACCUUUGAUAACCACUUUCAAUGUUUGCCAUACAAAUGAUAGCUAUUAGGCUUAAAUAAAGUGCCUCCUUUUGCCAUAAGUUAAAAUUACUUCCAUACAUCCCAUUGUUUUACUUUUGAGUCUGUUGACAUAUCCAAACCACAAUUAGUGUAACAAACAUAUCCACCCAAAAAUAUGAGUAAAAUAAGUAAGGGAGAGGGUUCUCUAAGUUUAGAAAAGAAACUCCAAGUUACACCUAAAUAUCUGUCACUUGAGAGUUCUGGUGGCACAUAAAAUUUUUGGACGUGUAGACCCACAGCAUAGAAGAACAUACCAAUGAGAUGUAAUGGAAUGGUUUCGUGUCUAGGAGGAUGGCGAAUUCAUGUGAGGAGAAGAGAGAGGGUGCCUGUGUAACAUCCCCUGGCUUUUUAAAGAAUUGAGUUAUGAAAUUUGAUACAUGAUCAAUCCAGUCCGCUCCCUAGACAUUUAAUAGUUAGAAUUAUCAUCACUUGCUCUCCUGUUAAAAAUGAAGAUUCCCCUUUCCAAACUGAUUCCUACUUGUAAAAUUUCCCAACUAAACUGCUACAGAAUGAAAGAAAACAACCAUUUUGAUCCAGUUAUAUACUCAUUAAAGCUUCUUUCUCGAGUCUUUGGCAAUCACAUUUUGUUCUCAUGUUUCCUUUUUCUUCCAAAAAAGGUGAAACUGGCAAUCAAAUAUACCUUAUUUACCCCUCCAUUUGUGUAGUCUGCUGUGUGAUAUUAUACCUUACUACUUCCCCUUUCCUGCUUCACCAAGCAAUCCUGUGUUCUCUCUCUCUUCCUCCCUUCCUCUGUGUGUGUGUCUCCAUAAAUCAAUUUGAUUGUGUAAAUCCUCCAUCAUAUCAAGAAAAUUAAACCAGCUAAGAUGAUGUGAUGAGAUGAGAUGAGAUAGGAGAGGGCUCUUGGCCAACUCAACUUGGAUUACACCUAUCACCUAACUUCAUAUCCUCAUGGAUCCCUACCACUCCCACUUCCAUAAAACCCUCUCCUCCCUCUCAAACCCAACAUCCCUUCUCUUUCAUCUUCUUCUACUUCCUCUCAUUCACUUCCUCCAAGGAAGACCACAAUCACCAAACAGCAUCAAAACAGAGCCUAAGAAAACGAUGAACAUGAAGAAACAGCUUCUCCUACUGAGGAUCUUCACCCUCCUCUUCACCACAACCUUAGCUCAGUCACCUACAACAAGCCCAGCCCCUAAGUCACCUACAAUCAUCUCAGCACCUCUGUCACCUACAAUCAGCCCGGCACCUCAGUCACCUACAAUCAUCCCAGCCCCUCAGCCACCUCCAACCGUCCCAACUCUUUCUGGCCCUACCAAUAUUACAGCAAUCCUAGAGAAAGCUGGGCAGUUCAACAUCUUUAUCAGGCUACUGAAAGGCACUGGAAUUGGAGACCAGAUCAACUCAGCACUCAACAAAUCCCAAGGUCUCACCCUUUUUGGCCCACCAGACGGUGCCUUCGCCAAGCUCCCCUCAGGGACCAUUAACUCCUACACAGAUCAGCAGCAGAUAGAGUUGGUGCAGUUUCAUUUGCUCCCUACUUAUGUUCCUCUCAAAAUGUUCCAGACUCUGAGUAACCCUGUUCUUACACAGGCAGGGAACAACUAUGGUGGCCAAUAUCAAUUAAAUGUCACAACUUCUGGUCAAAAUGUGAGCAUGACUUCUGGAAUUGUUAAUGCCACUGUGACCAGCACAAUCUACACAGAUGGGCAGUUGGCUGUGUAUCAAGUGGAUAAAGUGCUCCUCCCCUUGCAAUUUUAUGUUCUGCCCCCUCCGGCUCCGGCACCAUCUAAGCCAAAGAAGUCCCCUUUGACGUCUGCUCCUUCAAUUUCUACUGUGGUUCCAUCUAAUGCAGUGAGUAUCUCAAGGUACAUUGGGGUUUCCUUGCCAGUUGCAGUAGUUGCAGUCAUUGCUAUAUGAAUCACAAUUUAUGAUCAUUUAUUGUGAUCAAAGAUGCAAGGAGUGAGUUUUGAAUAAUUUGGGGAUCUCUCUUUGUUCUUGAAUCCUUUGUUUCAUUGGAAUGUUUUUGCAGUCAUAAGAAGGGUCUGUUUCAUCAAAUAUUGUUGGUUUGGUCCCUUUUUAAUUUGAGAUUUAUUUCAUUCUUCCUUUUUUCUUUGUUUAUAUCAGAAUAAAAGAACAGCUAUGGCUAUGCCAUAGGUGAAGCAUCAAGUGUUGCUUUGUUUUCCUUUUUUUUUUUCCUUCGUCUGGGAAUGCCUGGACAUUAAUCCUGUAUAUCCCUUUUGUUUAUGUCAAUAAAUUUAAAAUGCUGAUCUUUAACAGAAAAAA